UUCUCCAUGAGCUCUGUUGUUUUGUCUUCAUGCUGGUGUAAUACAAACUGUUAGAAAUGCACCUUCUGUAAAUAGAAAAAUACAGUUUUUGAAUCAGGUCAGUAAAUACCUGUAAUAUUCUCAUCCUCACAGUCGUGACUAAGUUUUCUAGUAAGCAGGAAUAUCUGGAGGAGUAUCAUCUGAACUGAGAUCUGCUGCUGUGAAGAUGGUGUUUGUUAAAGAGGAGAGUGAAGAGGACAUGAGUGAACCAGAACCCUGCAGAAUAAAACACGAGGAAACAGAACCUGUUUUAAUUUUAGAAGGAAAUGAGGAGAAUGAAGAAUUGAGUGACGUUGAGGAGAAAAAUCAUGUCAAAACCAGAGAAAACCCUUGGCGUUGCUCUCAAACCAAACAGAAAGAUUUAAAGAAAAGAAGAGCCAAGAAAUCUUUCACAUGCACUCAGUGUGGAAAGAGUUUGACAAGCAAACGUAGUCUUAAUGUUCACAUGAGAGUUCACACUGGAGAGAAACUGUUGAAGUGUUCACACUGUGACAAGAGAUUCAAUCAUUCAGGAAUCCUGAAAAGACAUGAGAGGAUCCACUCUGGAGAGAAACCGCACACGUGUGAUCAGUGCGGGAAGAGAUUCACACAAAAAGGACACCUUAUGAGGCACAUGAACGUUCAUACUGGAGAAAAGCCAUUCUCUUGUGAUCAAUGCGGGAAGAGUUUCACACAUCUACAAAUUUUGAAAGAACAUCAGAAAACACACACUGGUGUGAGAGACUACAUGUGCUUUGAGUGUGAAAAGACUUUUACUUCAGUGAACAAUUUGAAGCAGCAUGAGAGGAUCCACACUGGAGAGAAACCUUAUUUGUGUUCACACUGUGACAAGGGAUUCAGUCAGGCAGCACAUCUGAAAAGGCAUAAGAGGAUUCACACUGGAGAAAAACCUUAUGAGUGUUCACACUGUGAAAAGGGAUUCAGUCAGGCAGCAUAUCUGAAAACACACGAGAGGAUUCACACUGGAGAAAAACCGUAUCACUGCACUGUAUGUGGGAAGUGUUUCAAUAAUUCAUCUGCUCUACACAGACAUACAAAAAACAUUCACAGUAAGUAGAUCAGCACUUUCAGGUCUGAUGCUGCGUCCUCACCAAAUGAGACACAAUAAUGCAUUAAACAAUAAAAUAUCAUCUGGAUAAAUCUGUCCUAACCAGACAUUACAAGU